AUGCAAUCCCUUCGAUCAGCUUCCACCCUUGCUCGAGGCGUCAGGACUUUCGCUUCUUCCACCCGUGCUUCAGCCGGUUACGAGGAUACAAUCAAGAACAUCCUCAUCAACAAAGACACCAAAGUUCUCGUCCAGGGUUUCACCGGAAAGACAGGUACUUUCCACGCUCAACAAGCUAUUGACUAUGGAACUCGAAUGAUCGGAGGUACCAACCCUAAAAAAGCCGGUCAAACCCAUCUCGGUCUCCCAGUAUACGGUUCAGUCCGAGACGCAGUCAAAGAAUCUCAACCAGACGCUUCAGUAAUCUACGUCCCACCUCCAUUCGCCGCCGACGCAAUCAUCGAGGCUAUAGAGAACGAAAUCAAGUUGAUCGUCACUAUAACAGAAGGUAUCCCUCAAAGAGAUCAAAUCAGGGUAUACAACGCUCUCAAAUCGCAAAGCAAAUCUAGGAUGAUCGGUGGUAAUUGUCCAGGUAUCAUCUCGGAAGGUUGUAAGAUGGGUAUCAUGCCUGGACAUAUCUUCAAACAAGGUAAAAUCGGUGUGGUAUCUAGAUCUGGAACUCUUACAUACGAAGCUGUCAACCAAACCACCUUAGCAGGUCUUGGUCAAUCUCUGACCGUAGGAAUCGGAGGAGACCCUUUCCCCGGUACUCAGCACAUUGACGUCGUCAAGGUUCUCCUCUCCGACCCACGAACAGAGGGUAUUGUCCUUAUUGGUGAAAUCGGUGGAUCAAUGGAAGAGGAAGCUGCCGAAUACUUGGAAAAACACAACAAAAACUCUGCCAACCCCAAACCUGUUGUUGCUUUCAUUGCUGGACGAACCGCUCCACCAGGUAGACGAAUGGGACAUGCUGGUGCGAUCAUCUCCGGUGGUAAAGGUGCUGCAUCAGAUAAGGUAGCUGCAUUGGAGAAAGCCGGUGCGAUCAUUGCCAAGUCACCGGCUCAAAUUGGGGAUUUGAUGUUGAAAGCUAUGAAAGAUGCUGGUAAGGCUUAG